UUUUGAUUGGACCACGUUCACGUGUGACGCUGCAGAGUUCACCGCCAAUCAGACACGACUUUACUCAGCGCUUCCUUUAAGAGGCUGUGGACCGAGAGGACGCUUGCGGUCUCUGCUGUGCUUUCCUGCCUUUUCCGGUCUUGCUCUGCGACUCCCCGACCAUGCCCGAGCCGGCCAAGUCCGCGCCCGCCCCGAAGAAGGGCUCCAAGAAGGCGGUGACCAAGGCGCAGAAGAAGGACGGCAAGAAGCGCAAGCGCAGCCGCAAGGAGAGCUACUCGGUGUACGUGUACAAGGUGCUGAAGCAGGUGCACCCGGAUACGGGUAUCUCGUCCAAGGCCAUGGGCAUCAUGAACUCCUUCGUCAACGACAUCUUCGAGAGGAUCGCGGGCGAGGCGUCGCGCCUGGCGCAUUACAACAAGCGCUCGACCAUCACGUCCCGGGAGAUCCAGACGGCCGUGCGCCUGCUGCUGCCCGGGGAGCUGGCCAAGCACGCCGUGUCCGAGGGCACCAAGGCCGUCACCAAGUACACCAGCUCCAAGUAGGCUCGCAACGUAAGCUGCUUGGCUCCCACCACAAAGGCUCUUUUCAGAGCCACCCACUCUUCCACAAAGGGAGCUGGUGCUUGUUUUCCUGUCUGCUGCGUCUUGUCAGUCGUUUUGUCUGCGAAGUAGGGCGACAGUCUGGAGGCCUGCCCUUCACAGUACGCCAGAGCUUCACUAACGACUAAACGUUACCCCUGACUGUCAAAGCUCGGUAACCCCUUUGUGUAGAGAACGCCUGAGCUUUUCAGUAUCACGGAGGAACUUCCUGCCUUUUGUUCUGCCACUAGUUUUGGUGACCCUCGGGGCUAAGUUACGAUGGAAGAGAAUUUUCAACUCCAAGCAAAUUCAGUUCUCCCGUGUCCCUACCGGGUAUGGAGUUGGACUGCACCCCGGGAGGAGUUUGCGCGGGCUGUUUGAGUUCGCCCGGGAGCGCGCACGUUUGCUCCGCGGGCACGCGAUUCCGGGCAUCCUGGAAGCGCCGGGUGCGGGCCCCCCACACAACCGCAGCGUGAUAAACACUGUCGGAUGGUCCGUCCUGAUUGUCAUUCUUUCCUUUGGCGUUUUAUUCUUUUCUAGAAUGACAUUAUUUCCUCUCAAUUUUUGUUGGCGAAAAAGGAAUUUGAAGGGUGUAAUUUUCAGUCAGAAAUACCAAUGCUUUAUUUUUAACUGGGAUACUGCUUUCCCUUUGGCGUAUAUCCAUAUAAUAAAAAACAUUCCCAGGUAAAGUACAACUAUGUGGUCCAGUGAAAGCAAAGAAGCUGGAGAAUAAUUAUCCCAGACUCUCUUUUGAGAUAAAAAUCAGUUUCUAUUCUACAAUUUCUUUGGUUAGUGAAAGGUGCUAAAGGACCAGAAGAAUAUGUAGUAGAAGCAAAGAAUUUAAAUGGAAAGUUAGAAAAGAAAUGGCGAGUGUACCUAGUCAAAGGAUAUGAUUCUCAUUUCUAGGGAAAAAAUGUGGGCGAAAAGGGGGUUCUAUGGAGUGUAACCUCACAUGGUGUCGUGAGGGUCGUGAGACCCUAGGCCCAUAACUUUGGUAAAAGGUUAUCUUGUCCUUAAGCCAGCCCGGUCCACUGUCUUUGUUCAUCUAGGCUCACCCCUGCAAUGCCUCCAGACCCCUCCUAACGCGGGGCCACCCUCAAGAAAGCACAUAAUAUUAACUUCCCUGCAAUCCAGUCCCCACCUUACUCUCUUCCACCCCCAUGUCAUCUUUACUUUCCCUCCUUAAUCUCAAAUGCAUACAAGAAACUGCAAAACUGUCAUUCUUAGAAGCUUCUGAGAUCUUGCUUCUCGGCAUGUCGUCAGUUUCGCUCAAAUAAACAUAAACAUUCUCUACAGUUUGGACGUUUCUUAUAUUGACAGUCUUUUGACUUAAAUUUGAAUGAAAACUAUCAGUAUGAUCUUACUUUUUUUUUUUCUUUUUAGUAAACAACUUUUUUUCUCCUAGCAGUUUUCACAGUAAAAGUCUACAACCAAUGGCAGUUCCUGUCACCCAGAUUCGUUUCUGGAGUCCUUUUCCAAAGAGCAAACUAUUUGGAGAUUUUGGUUAAAUGUUAUGAAUUAAAAUAGAUUUAAGAGGCAUAGCAACCAAAUGCUGUGUGCUGAUCUAGUGGAAUCCCACCUCAGACAAAAAUAUUGUAAAAAAAGUAUUUGAGGCAAUUGAGGAUUAAAAAAAAAAAAGACUGGAUGUUGCAUGAUGUUACAAAGUAUUUUUAAAUUUUCUUAUGUGUGAAAAUCUUGUAUUUUGUCUGUGUCUGUUGGAACAUUUGUGAAAAUAUUCGAGGUUGAAAUAACAUGUUUGUGAAUUCUUUACACUGUCCCCCUCCCGCUCAAAGCUGGAGGAUAAUGAAACAAAUGGGCAAAAUGCUGACAAUUAUUUAAGGACACAUACUGGGCACUUGGAGAGUCGUUAUUCUUUUUUGAGUACUUUUUGUGUACAUAAUCCCUUCCCCUCCAGAAGAAAAGUUAAAAAAAAAACCCAAGUCGGCCCUAGUUUAAACGUAUUUCUCUUUUGGUCAACAAAGGGUGACACUGAGAGAGAUCAAGUGUUGGCAGAAAUUCUGGGGACUGAACUGAGAGAACCAGAAGAGAGGCCAUCUGCCGGAGGGAGGCGCUCACAGCCGCUGACCCCCCCCACCCCUCGUCCUCCGUGGCACAGGCGCUGAGAAACACUAUCGCCAUCUCGUGGCCCUUUUGGGUAAUGUAGCUAAAACUUUUGUUUUAUGGUUUCCAUUAGACAGUCCAUUGCUUGGGUUUAAUAACUGCAUAUGGGGGGGGGGGGUGCCAAAAAAAAUGUAUACAAGUGGACACUUCGGUCAACAUUGCUCAAACAGUAGUUUGCCAUAAUCAGAAGUGUCUGGACACUGAUGGUAAC